UACGAACCGACAUCCCGCACCCCUCUAGGAUACACUGAAGCAGAGGCACUCUCUGUAUCGCCAGGUUUGUUGUGACACAGUGCUGCGGUCGUGUUUUUAACCAUGUUUACCCUGUCGGAGCUGGUCGUGUUGCUGGCCGUCCUGUCGAGCACCGCGUCCGGCUACUUCGUUAGCAUAGACGCCCAUGCCGACGAGUGCUUCUACGAGCGGGUCAACUCCGGCACUAAGAUGGGCCUCAUGUUCGAGGUCGCAGAAGGAGGCUUUCUGGAUAUCGAUGUGGAGAUAACGGGGCCGGAUGGUAAGCAGAUUUACAAAGGCGACAGAGAGUCCAGUGGGAAAUACUCCGUCGCAGCACACAUGGACGGCACCUACAAGUUCUGCUUCAGCAACAAGAUGUCCACCAUGACGCCCAAGAUCGUCAUGUUCACCAUCGAUAUCGGAGAAGCGCCCAAAGGCCAAGACAUGGAGACAGAAGGUGGUGACAGCUGGGAUGCCCACCAAAACAAGCUGGAGGAGAUGAUCAAUGAGCUGGCAGUUGCCAUGACAGCUGUAAAGCAUGAGCAGGAGUACAUGGAGGUUCGGGAGAGGAUACACAGAGCGAUCAACGACAACACGAACAGCAGAGUGGUGCUGUGGUCGUUCUUCGAAGCUCUGGUUCUGGUGGCGAUGACACUCGGACAGAUUUACUACCUGAAGAGAUUUUUCGAAGUACGACGAGUGGUUUAGUGCGAUCGACUAAAAAAAAAAAAAAACGAUCCCUCUGUGUGUCCUCCACUGUUUUUUUUUUUCCUCCAACACCAAGACAGUUAUUUACACUCUGGAUAUGAGACUGGCAGUUUUUGAAGUAAAGCCUACUUAUGAUUGGAUCUCUUGAUGCUUUUGUUCUCCUGUUACCUGUUUGGUUCCUCCUUUAAAAAAAAAAAGAAAAUAAAAUGUACUUAGUGUUUGUUUGGAACGAAUGGCCAAAAUAUUUGGGGAUAUAGAUGUCAGUGUCCAUUAGGUUUCGUUUAGUUUUCUUUUGUCCAAUAUAAUUUGAUAAGUACCAGUUACCUGCCAGUACACUUUUGGCUGUGGAAGGUGUUGAGGCUCAUAUUUAUAAGUUAUGACAGAUACAAAAAAAAAGAGACAAUGGAUAGGCAUGUGUGGGGGUAACCACAGGAGAAUGUAGCCCUUAAGAUAUAAAUGGGACCCUUUUCCUAUAGUACAAGAAAAGCAUUCGAUUUAGUCCGAGAAGCAGGGAGCUUUGUGUUUGUCUAAGCCAAGUUAGAGAAUGAAUUGGCAGGUUUUUGGAUAUCUGCACAUUUUUAGUCGAUGCUUUCUAAUAACAACAAAUUGCACUCCUAAAUGAAAACGUCGAAAUACCUGAAGGAUUUACGCUGCAGCCGAUCUUUAAGGGAAACUGUAUACAGCUUCUGGCUUUGUUUGUGAUCCAUGCCACGAUGGGAGAGGGGAGGGGGGUGCUUCAGUGGAUUUAUUUUGCAGGGAAGCGGUGCAACUCCCUACGUAGUUCAUAAAAAAAAAAUGGCAACAAGUGAGUGGGUUUCUUGGCUUUGGAAUUCACAACUUGACUUAAUUUUUCAAAAACACCCAGUAUGUUUCCAAACUUCCACUUAGCUCAAAGACCUGCGAGAAGCUGAGGCAACGUUGGAGUCGAGACCAUAUACUACUCAGGAGUGCAACUCCUAAGCAAAGUGAGGAUGAGUAUAGAAAUACAUGUUACAUGUUGGGUGGGUGGGAGGGUUUGACACCUAAUGACUGCUGUGUGCUUUAGUUGCUUCUAUUAUAGUUAUUUUGUCAGGGGUUAGGGAUUUUAAAUUAUAUGAUUGUAUACAAUUCUGAACAGUUUGUUUUUUUUCCUGGAGCGUAUUCUGGGACAUGCGACUGUUUGCACGAUGCCUCUCAAAAGAAAAUAUUCUCGACCUCGUUCUUUUUCCUCCCAUACGGGGUCAAAACUCACGUCCGAGGCAGCAACUUUCACAUCUAGCACACGGCUGCAACAUCACAAACGUUUUGCAUGUUACUGAAUAUGCUCCAGUUUUGUAUUACAAACAAUCCUUGGUGAGCUCAGGCAGGUGAACUGCUCUGAACACAGUCUCUCCUUUUUUGUGAUUACGACAAAAAUCUGAUUAAUGGAUCUGUACAAAUGUAGAUUGGUUGUCUGUGGAAAAUGCCCCAGGUUUCAUAAUAAAGCCAAUAUUCUGUACAAUUACUUUUUGAAAUCUU